CACACCUCCCCACCCCACACCACCUCUGCCGCUAUAUAUGAACCCGAGAUCUCCGUUUCCCUCCUCCGGAUCUUGAUUCUCCACAAUCGUCGGCGAAGAGGAGAGGAGGAAAAUAGAGGGAGUCGAGUCGAAGCUCUCGCUCUCAGAUAAAACCAUUUGGAACCUAACUUGCAUUGAGGGGCACGAUGGUAGAUUCAAGCAAGGAUGUUAAUGGGAGCUUUUCAGGUGACAAGAAGAUCAUAGUUGUUUUUGUAUUAGGAGGACCUGGAAGUGGAAAAGGCACACAGUGUGCAAAAAUUGUUGAAAACUUUGGUUUCACCCAUCUCAGUGCUGGUGAUCUUCUACGUGCAGAAAUUAAAUCUGGUUCCGAAAAUGGUACCAUGAUCUCAAACAUGAUAAAGGAAGGGAAAAUUGUUCCUGCUGAGGUAACGAUUAAGCUUUUACAAAAGGCUAUGCUUGAAGGUGGAAACGACAAAUUUCUUAUCGAUGGAUUUCCCCGAAACGAAGAGAAUCGUGCUGCUUUUGAGGAUCUUACAAAAAUUGAGCCAGAAUUCAUACUAUAUUUUGAUUGUCCAGAGGAAGAGAUGGAACGACGACUAUUAAGUCGCAACCAGGGGAGAGUUGAUGAUAACAUUGAGACUAUAAGGAAGCGUUUUGGGGUUUUUGUUGAAUCCAGUUUACCUGUAGUUGAGUACUAUGAACUGAAGGGCAAAGUUCGAAAGGUUGAUGCACUAAAGCCUAUCGAUGAAGUUUUUGAAACUGUAAAGGCCAUUUUUGCUCCAUUCCACACCAAAGUAAGCUUCUGAUUUUUCAUGAUGCUU